AUGAUGAUGAAGCACACAGGAGGGGGAGGGGGCCCAUACAGGUGCAGUGAAGAGGGGGCAGGGUCCUCCACUCAGGAACAUGUGGUCAUCGUCCAGCAUCGGUCCACUCUGUCUCACUCCACUCAGCGGCAUGUGCAGCCUGCAGACCCCAGAGGACUCCCCCCUGGAGGGUGUGAGGGCCCCUGUCGGAGAGCCACACUACCGGGGCCGUGCACGGAGCACACACACACACACAAAGAAAGGCUCGGUAUGUCGGAUGAAGAUUCGCGUACCAGCUCCAGCUCUUCUUCCUCGUCAUCCUCCACACAGCAUCAGCAACAGCAACAGCAACAUCAUCAUCAUCAGCAGCAGCAGCAUCAUCAGCAGCAACAGCAACAGCAGCAGCAGCAGCCGCAGCCGCAGCAGCAGCAGGACUUCACACCCAAGAAGCGUGACAGCAAAGGCAGCAUGAGCAAGACCUCCAAGCUCCUCUCCACCAGCGCCAAAAGAAUUCAGAAAGAACUGGCGGACAUCACACUGGACCCUCCACCAAACUGCAGCGCCGGCCCCAAAGGAGACAACAUCUACGAGUGGAGGUCUACCAUCCUGGGGCCCCCCGGCUCUGUGUACGAGGGAGGAGUCUUCUUCCUGGAUAUUGCCUUCACUCCAGACUACCCCUUCAAACCUCCCAAGGUGACGUUCCGCACCAGGAUCUACCACUGCAACAUCAACAGUCAGGGAGUGAUCUGUCUGGACAUCCUGAAGGACAACUGGAGUCCUGCCCUGACCAUCUCCAAGGUCCUGCUGUCCAUCUGCUCCCUGCUCACCGACUGCAACCCUGCGGACCCUCUGGUGGGCAGCAUCGCCACACAGUACACCACAAACAGACCGGAACACGACAGGAUAGCCAAACAGUGGACCAAGCGAUACGCCACAUAA